AUGAAUGGUAACAGUAGUUAUUUUUCAGAUGCUGAUACUUUCUUAAGUUCACUACAAGAAAGUAUAAACAACAAUGAUAAUAGUACCAAAGCUCUUAAAAACAAGAACAACAGUAAGCUAAAUACUAACCCCAAUAAUGGUGACAGUAUAACUUAUAAUCCAGACACUAUAACUAACAACAAUAAUAAUAUUCCAUACCCUAUUAAUAAAACCACAAGAUUUGACACUUAUACAGAUAUUGAUCAAGUAUAUAACAACAACAACAACAACAACAACAACAAUAAUGAAUAUAUGAAACCACAAACUGAUUUUUACAGUGAUAACAAUAACGCUAAUAAUAUGGAUUAUGAUUAUGACGAUGAUAAUUUAUCCAAUGAAAGUGGCGGAUACAACAGUCGUAGCAAUACCAUAUCUUUUCAAUUUAAUCAUAACAUGAAUAGCUUAAAUCAAACACUACAACCCAUUUCUGAUACUAGUAUCACAAUGCCAAUUAUCGAUAAUGGGAAUACUGGUAAUGUCACUGUUCCAAAUGCAGGUGAUUUUUUUGCGCUUAAUAAUCAGGCUAACGGAAACGGCAACAAUAAUACUAAUAUUAUUUCUAAUAUGUCUAGUGAAAUGCAUAGCAGUGCUAGUAGCAGCAGCAGCGGUGGCAAUAAUCAUAUCAAUUCUGUUCCUAUUACAACUUUGACUCAAAAAGAUAAAGAAUUUAUUACGCGUACUUUAUCAAAUAAUGUAAUGAGUAACUCCACUGUGAAAAACAACAAAAACAACAAUUACAACAGCAACGUUGGUGUUUCGAAUUCAUUGAAAAAAAACCUAUCUAGUGACAACACUCCAACGAAUGUGGAUUUAAAUUCUCAGUUUCAUCUAACUCCUGAAAUGAUGGAUGAAAUAUUAUUGACUGGCGAUAAUCCUACAGCCACUAAGAUUCCUGGUGCCAAUAUUACUAAAAGCAAAUCUAGAAAGAAUAUCAAGGGUAACAACAACAAAAUUGUAGCUGGUCUAAAAACUGUGAGCAACAGCAGGAGCAAUAGCAUUAAUAAAAUAAACAACAAAAGAAGCAAGUCAUUACAGAAAUAUUCGAAUAGUGCUGUUAGUGCUUUGAAUAGCAACAGCGAUGAAGAUUUCGACGAUUUAGAUGAAGAUUUGGACGAAGAUUUAGAUGAGAUGGACGAAUUAGAUUUGCAAGACAACAAAUUUAACAGUGGUACUACGACACUAAAUAGGUCCGCCGCUUCGUUAGUAUCGCCCAUUAACUCCAAGAAAAAUGCCAAUAUUUCUUACGCAACUGAAAUGGACAAAUACAACUCUGCAGACAGCUCAGGAAACAAUACAACUGGUGCUCAUAUUGGUGCUGACGGUUCUAUUCGUACAGGGAGAAGGAGGAAAAAGGAAAGGGUGAGUCACAAUAUAAUUGAGAAAAAAUAUAGAAAUAAUAUUAAUGAAAAGAUUUUAAAAUUUAGAGAAAUUGUACCGACUUUGCAUAUUGCUCAAAAGAGAGAAUGUGGUGAUACGAUAGAGGAAAGUGAUUAUAUUAGUUUAGAGGGCCUAGAACCAGCCAGAAAGAUGAAUAAAGCAUCUAUACUAUCCAAAACCAUUGAAUAUAUUCAUCAUUUGGAAAACAAAUCGGCCCUCUUAACCAGCGAAAACAACCAAUUGAAGAAAAUGAUUUAUGGUGGAUCCCCUGGAAACGCUAUUAAUCCAAAUACUGCCAAUAAUAAUAUGAGUUUGCAAAAACAACAGUUACGAUUGUUAAGAAACAAUAAUAGUAAUAUUAACACAAGGGCUAAUAAUAACAUGUAUAUACCUGACAAUAAUACAUUAAAUACAAACGACAACAAUAAUACCAAUUCUUUUCAAACUGCAAGCAAUAUAAUAAAUAAUAUUCCAAUUAAUAGUAGUGUUAAUAGUAUAACCAGUGGUGGUGUUGGCGGCGAGGGGGGCAGCAACAUUACGUUUAAUAACACACAUAGCACUCGUUCAGUUGAUUACACUGGGGGAGACCUUAAAACUAUUUCAAACAACAAUAACCAAUUUGAUGGACCAGGGAUGAAUAAUAGUAAAAGCGCUAACAUAAAGAAUACUGGUUCUUCUGGACUAUCAUCUGCUUCUUCUUCUAUGAAUAGUUCACCCAAUCCAGCAUUUCACUCGCCUGUAACUGGGAGAUAUGCAAAUGCAUACCCAGAACAAUCACCACAGGCACAAACCGGAAACAACGUCAAUACUAACAGCACUAAUAAUAAUAAUAAUAAUAAUAAUAGUACGCUAGGGAGUAAAAUUUUAAUGGGUGGAAUGGCUAUUGCUAUGGGUACUAAUAUUUUUGGUGAGAAUGGAGAUUUCAAUAAUACAAAGAGUUUAUUUGCGUUUCCUAUGGUUCAGUAUUCUUCAAUUGAUGGAUUUGCCAUCAAUAGUGGUGAUAUAUCAAUUGCGUGUUCCUUGUUAUCUUUUUUCAGAAUUGCUUUGUUUGUAUACCUUAUUUGCAAAUUUAUUGAACCUCUUGUGUUACGUGCUUUUGUUCCACAAACUUUGGGAGAUAUUACAGAUAAAGCCAAUAGUAAUUUUAUUGUGGGGAAUAACAGUUCAUUAAUAUCCUAUGAAGAUUUCAUAUCUUUCCAGCAUCCAUUGAGAUCAUUACUGAGAUUAUGGUUCAACAACCAAUUCAAAUAUACCAUGAAUUCAAUUGAAUAUCUAGAAGCCAACAUCGCUAGACUAUUUUUAUACAGAAUGUCUAAUAUACCCAUUCUAAGUACGAAUUUCUGUAUUGAUAGUAGGUGGGACUUAUUAGUUAAGUAUGUUAGAGAAAGUAAGGUGUCUAUUCCAGAAUCUUUACAAAAUGAUUGGUGUAGGAUUAAAAAUAUUUUGGCCAUACCCAGGAAUUACUCGAUUUAUUCAACAUUUUUAUAUUCUAAAUUGGAAACUAGAGAUCAUACAUCGUUACUAUCUUUGGACGAGUUUAUCGCUAUAGUUAGUGAUCAUUGUUUUAAAAUUAGGGUGUAUGCUGUAACAUGUAGACAUUUGUCGCAAUUAUUGGCGUUAUCCAAGAAAGCUACAGGCAUCAUACGCAAAAAUAAUAAAACAAAUGAGGAUGAAUGUGCCAACCCGGUUGUUAAAUAUACUGAUGAGACUGUAUCAUGUUUAUUAUUGCCAUCAGGUAAGAAUAUUUAUGAAUUGCUAAGUCAUUUGAAACUAAUUGAGCAACAACAAAUUAAAGAUAGUGAAAAUAAACUUGACACGAACAGUGUAUUAGUUUUAUAUUCUAGUAUUAUACAAUUGGAUCAUAAUUUACAGAAAAACAAGCAAAGGAACCUAUAUUUUUUGGAAAAAUUGGUUAAUAUAACAACGCAGAGUGAUUUCCACAUUGACCCUAUUGGUGCAGCUGCGAUUUUCAAAGCAUUAUACUAUAAAUUUGAUGAAAGUAUUACUGAACAAAAAAUAAUAUUUAUUACUGAGUAUGAAAAAAAUAUAUGGUUGGAAUUAACACAGAUUUUAAGGGUCUGGUUAAAUACCGACAUUUCAUGCGUCUUUUUAAAUUGUAGGGAGGCUAUUAUUGAAUAUUUAGUCAAUUUAACUUUUCGGUUGGGAAAAGGUGAUGACAAAAGUUUUAUUAGUAUAGUUCAUCAAGAGGUGAUGGGAAAUGAUGAUUUCAUUACAAAUGAGAAUGAUAGUGAUACUGAAGAUAGAGAAGGUACAAUUAUAAACAACAGAAAAGAUGAUGUAGCGAAUAAUGAAACAAUCAGUGUAUUUUCUAAGGAUGAUAAAAAUUCGAUGGAAAGGGUAAGAAUCGAAGGAGACAGUAAGUAA